CUUAACCGUCGCGCCACUGGGCCGGCCCUAUAUCCUGUCUUUUAACGUACUGUUUGAGGAAGGGAGGUGAAAUGGCAUAGUGGAAAAUGCACUGAGUUCUGAAUUUGGUUUGCCGAUCACAAAAGAGGUUAGCAUAUACUGGUUAAGAGCAUGGGCUUUGGAGGCAGACUGCCUGGGUUAGAAUCUUAGUUCUGCCCCUUACAAUCUAAAUGACCUUAAGAAAGUUAAAUAAGCAGUUUGCCUCAGUUUCCUUAUCUGUAAAAUAGGGAUAACAUUAGUACUUUGUGUGGGGAUUGAGACAAAACAUGUAAUUCUCUUAUACCAGUGGCUGACACAUAGAAAGUGAUCAGUGAAUGUUAAUUAUAAUUAUUAGUUUGCCAUGUGAUCUUGGGUCACUGUCCUUUCCUAGUUUUAAAAUGAGGAGUUAAACUAGAUUAUUUUUGUUUCCAAAUUUAAAAAGAUGAUUGUGGUCCCUGGAUAUUUAAUUAUAUACUGUAUAAUAUUGUUGUCUAUUGUUCCUUGUGUUGUUGUGGUGGGUAGGGGACAACAUAAGUUUUAUACUUUUAACCUUUGGUAGCCAAUGCUUCAGAACCAUGUACAUCUGUGGUAGCUCUUUCUCUUGUACCUCCCCCUCCACCAUAUAUACUGGAUAUCUAUAUGCACACAUAUAAAAACACAUAUCCUCUGUAUAUCACUGUGUUUGUUUUCCUGAGAUAGGUGGAAUUGAGCAAAUUUAUGCCCCCUCUAUUUAAUAAAAUAAUUGUUUCACACUCACUUUCCUUCCAUUUACUCAGUUGAUUCAAAUAGGUUGGGAAAGCCAUGAAUAGCUUUCCCAUAAACAGAGAUAAUACUUAUCACAGGACAUAGAAAUCCAACUCUCUUAUUGCCCUUGCGGGUGUUCUUUAAGUAGCAGUCACGUGGCAAGGCCUAGAGUUUGAUUAUAGGUUUGGUCAGUCAACUCCUUAGUAGAGAGCCAGAGUUUCAGAACAGCGAUUUGGGUCCCAGUCCUUAUCCUGCUGCUGGGAUACUGAACUAGAUGUCAAUCCUCAUUUCUUCCUAAUGCAUAAAAGUGCAGAGCUGCUGUGAGGAUGUCUUAGAGAAGUAGUCAAGUGCAAGUUCUUUCUGUUGGAGUUAAAUAGACCUGACUUCAAAUUCUGAUUUUGUUAAUUUAUUCAAUGUCUUUAAACAUGUAUUUUAAAUUGUGCAUAAUGCAGGCAUACCCCAGAGAUAUUGCAGGUUCAGUUCCAGACCACCACAAUAAAGCCCGUUGUAAUCUUUUUGCCGGUAGAGGGUCUGGCCUUCAAUUUGUAAAAAAACCACAUCUGUGAAGCUCAAUCAAGUGAAGCACAAUAAAAAUAGGUAUGCCUGUGGUAUCUCCCUGAUGUUUGUCAUGAGAGUUAAAUGGAGAUAAUACAUGUAAAGUGCUUUCUCCAGUGCCUGGAAUAUAUUGGGUUGUCAGAAAUGUCAUGAGAUAUUUUUUCUGUUUUUCGUUGCAAAAAUGCAUCAUGACUUUUCCAACAACCCAAAAGAAUGCACCCAGUAAAUACUGUCCACUUAGAACAACCCACAAUAGUAGUUUCAACUUAGUCAGAAUACACUAUUUAAAAGGCCUUCCACUUGAUUAUUUGAAGGAACCACUUGCUGUAUAUUUUUAAUGUUGCUGCAAACGUUUAUAUUUUUCUUUAGUAUACACUCACUAUAGGAAAUCUGAAGACACCAAAGAAAAAAAAAUGUAAAAGCUACAGCCUCCCCUCCCCUCCAGCUCACCAGAACCAAAUCCUGUUAACCCUAGGCUGUGAAGUCAUAUCAAAGGAUCCCAGGUAUUUACUGCUUGCUGGAGUACCACAGGUUCUAACUUUAAAAGAGGGGGAGCAAGUGGGAGCAAUAUAUUGUAAAGAUGCAAGAUCCAGUGAGAAUGGCACCUUGAAGAAGACAGCCGGAGGCUUUUAGGCUUUUAUGGCUGCAGCCCAUUCUCGUAUCUCUUCUCUAGGCUUUUAAAUGCAUGCAUGUAUUUCACAAGGCCUGGACAGUCCAGCGCCCACACUUGUUUUGAGUCCUGCUUUGGCCGGAGUAACUCUUGCGCAGAGAAGAUAAUCUUGCCCCGAAACAGGCGACGCCUGCUCUGCGGGGACCUAGCGGGGCGCACCUCCCUCUCCUGCAGUGCUGGUCAGGCGCGGUCCCGGAACUCGCAGCUCGCCUGGAGGCCCAUUCACCACAAAGCCGGGCAAGGCGUCGAGAUACUCGCGGGGCGUUGUGGUUGCCCCUUUUGGCGGGCUCAGGCGUCCCGAGGCUCCGCCCCGCGGUGCGGUCUUAUCCUCACCCGCAGAGGCAGGAGCCGCACCCCCAUUGGCGGAGAGGCCCGUAGUGGCCCCGCCCCCGGCUCAGACGCGAGCACGUUGAGUGGCAGGGGCGACCGAAGGACUGUGCAGGCGAGGAGCAGCUCCUGGGGCAGGGCCGCGAGGUUGGGGCGCCCGCUUUGGGGCCCCGGAAAGGCUCCUGGGUCGGGAGUGCGGCCUGCGGCCACGGGGGGAAGGGGGUGGGUGGGCUGAGAGCAGCUCGGUGGCGAGGCCGGCCCGCCGCCCCUUCCCCCCACCCCCGUCGACCUUGUUGGCAGAAGCUUCCCGGAGCUCCUCACGCCGGCGUGAUGGCGACUGCUGUGGAGAUGGAAGCCUCUCCGCCGACGGACGCGAGCUGGGACGGUGGCGGCGGCGGAGAUGAGGAGAUGAAGCAGGCGCUUCCGGAGUUUGAGUCUUCCCCACAAAAUGGCGGCUGUUGCGGCGGCGGCGGCCUCAGCAUCGCGGAGCCCGGCGGCGGCGGCCGGCCUGAGGAUACCGUGGAGGCCGAGGCCACACCGAACCUCUGCCAAGAGCAGCCUCAGGACUCUUCUGAGGCGGGCGCGGCCGCUCUGCCCAAAGGCCCCGAAGAGCCCGAAAGACCCCUUAGGAGGAGUUUUCAGAUCCCCAGGAAGAGCAGAGAAAAGAAAGCACUUUUUCAGCUAUUAACUUCAGGAUCUCGUGAAUUUGAAGAUGUUUUGCAUAUUCUCCGUUCAUCUUACCUUGAACCAACCUCAGUAACAAAUUUUAACUACAAAUGUGCUUGCUUAGUACAUAAUGAGCUUUUGGAAAAGGAGUUUACAGAAAAGCGAAGAGAGCUGAAGUUUGAUGGUCGUUCAGAUAAGGAACUUGCAGAAUUCUAUGCAUUUCUGAUGGUUGAUCGAUAUCAGGUUCAAAGCAUAUGUGAAAAAGGAUUACAGGUGGGCCAGUCCAAAAUAACAAUUCUUGGCAGUCCUUCCAUGGGUAUCUAUCUUUCUAGGUAUGCUGAUCUGUUACAAGCUAAUCCUUUGGAAGCUGGGUCAAUGGGUGAUGUUGUUAUUUUUAAAAUAAUGAAGGGUAAAAUAAAGAGUAUAUAUGAUCCCAUGGGUGUAAAAAAUUUGGAAUCUAGUAAAAGUGCUUUGGACCCAACACCAAAGCAUGAAUGUCACGUGUCGAAGAAUGCCAGUAGAGUUACAUCACUUUUGGCUUACAGAGCCUAUGAGCUUACUCAGUAUUAUUUUUAUGAGUAUGGCUUUGAUGAGCUAAGGCGAAGACCAAGACACGUGUGUCCAUAUGCAGUUGUGUCUUUUACUUACAAAGCUGAUAAACAACCACUGAAGUUUGCACCUUCACCAAGAUCUAACAGCUUUAAUGCAGAUAGAAACACAGAUAAAUUUAACUACACCUUGUGGAAAGGACAGCUUUUAAAUAAAGGAAAGCUUUUGUGCUAUAUUUCUCUGAGGUCAGCCACUUGUGCUUUUUUGCCUAUCAGACUUCCUGAGAAGUUAGACGUUGAAACAGUUAUGAGUAUUGAUCAUCUGAAACAGAAAAUACCUCCGGCGCUGUUUCACAAGGAAGCAUACUUAGGUUCAAAUGAAGUUUUGAAGAAUGGAAUGUAUUGCAGCCUUUAUGAAGUUGUGGAAAAGCCAAGAAUUGGAAAUAACAUGGAGAGUUUACUGCAAAAACUGGAGAAAGAAAAGCUUGUACUUGUUAAACCUUUGGGAGACCGAGGAUACCUUUUUCUUCUCUCACCUUAUCAAAUGGCUUCUCCAUAUGACCAUCAAACUGUCAAGCCUCGAGUCCUACAUGCUUUGUUUCUAUUUCCAGAACCUAGAAGCAUAGUUCAUUCACAAAAAGGGUCAACCAAUGCAGCACCACAGGAGAGACAUGAAAACAUGCCAGAUGUAUUAAAAAUAACUCAGUUUUUACAAUUUGCUUUGAUUCGGUGUCGAAAGGAAUUCAAAAGUAUAAAUACUAUAAAUUUUCAUUCUGUUGUUGAAAAGUAUGUAAAUGAAUUUUUUAAGCGAGGUUUUGGUUCAGGUAAACGAGAGUUUAUUAUGUUUCCAUAUGCUUCACGAUUAGAUGAUAAAAAAUUCUUAUACCCAGCUCCAAAAAAUAAAUCCCAUAUUGAUGAUUGUUUGCAUAGCUAUAUUUUUCAACCUGAAAUGUAUCAGUUAUCUAUUUGUAAAUUAAAAGAGCUGUUUGAAGACAAUAGAAAACUUCAACAUUUUAGUCAGUUUUCAGAUUAUGAAGGCCAAGAAGAAAUGAAUGGUACAAAAAGGAAAUUUGGAAAACGAAAUAACUCAAGGUGUGACACUAUUAAACCUGGAAAGCAGAAGUCAUCUCACUCUUUGGAUUAUGAUAAGGAUAGAGUCAAAGAAUUGAUUGAUUUAAUUCAGUGUAGGAAAAAAAAUGUGGGUGGGGACUCAGAAACAGAAGAUAUGAGAAGCAAAACUGUCUUGAAGAGGAAGCUUGAAGAUCUACCUGAAAAUAUGAGAAAACUCGCCAAAACCACUAAUUUAUCUGAAAAUUUCCAUCUAUAUGAAGAGUCUCCACAACCUGCUGGCUCACUUGGGCAUGAUGCUGACUUGAGACAGCAGCAGCAGGAUUCCUCUGAUGUUGCUGACAUCCGUAGGCUGUUCAAUUGGCUGUCAGAAACACUAGCAAAUGUGCGCCAUCCUGAUGUAUCUCUGACAGACACAGUCAACAAAGCCUUAGGAUUGAGCACUGAUGAUGCCUAUGAAGAGCUGAGGCAAAAGCAUGAAUAUGAGUUGAAUUCUAACCUGGAUAAGAAAGACUAUGAGCAGCCUACUUGUGUAAAAAUUGAAAAUGCACAUUGUAAGGGUACUCAAAGCCCAUUGCUAGAAGCUGAUACAUCAUCUUUAAAGUAUCCUGUUGCUAUUUCUACCAGUGAAGUAAGCACUGACCAUAAACUACAUUUGAAAGAAGAUCCAGAUUUAAUUAGCACGAAUAAUUUUGAAGAUUGCAGUUUGUGCCCCACUGUUCCCGUUGAACAUGGAUUCCGUAGACAAUCCAAGUCAAAUGAUGUUGAAGAAACUGAAAUACAUUGGAAACUGAUUCCAAUUACAGGAGGGAAUGCAAGAAGCCCAGAAGACCAGCUGGGGAAACAUGGGGAGAAACAAACACCAGGUAUGAAAUCACCAGAAGAACAACUGGUGUAUCUGCCACCGCAGGAGGCCUUUCCUAAUGACCCCCGGGUAAUAAGUAGACAGAGAAGUUCUGAUUACCAGUUUCCAUCCUCUCCAUUUACAGACACACUAAAGGGCACCACUGAGGAUGACGUGUUGACAGGUCAGGUGGUGAAAGUGGAGGAGCAGUGUGUGCCAACAGCAGAGCCGCCUGCAGUGAGUGAAACCACAGAGAGGACAGUGUUAGGAGAAUACAAUCUCUUUUCUAGGAAGAUAGAAGAGAUUUUGAAGGAAAAGAAUGUUUCAUAUGUCAGUAGAAUUUCCACACCUGUUUUUUCAACACAAGAGAAGAUGAAACGGCUUUCUGAAUUCAUAUAUUCUAAGACUUCCAAAGCUGGCGUACAGGAGUUUGUAGAUGGCUUGCAUGAGAAACUAAAUACUAUUAUUAUCAAAGCAUCAGCCAAAGGUGGGAAUUUGCCACCAGUCAGUCCAAACGAUUCUGGUACUAAGAUAGCAUUGAAUCCUCUGAGAAGACAUAUCAUACCAGUUUCCUCAAGUGACUUCAACAGUAAACACCUUGAACCACUUUGUAGUGAUACUUUGAAAGACACCAACUCUAAUGAACAGCAUUCCUCCUCUACUUUGGGUUUAACUGCAGAAGUGAACCAGCCACACCAUGCUACAGAGCUAAUGGUGACCUCUGAUCAUACUGUACCUGGUGAUAUUGCUCAGGAACCAGUAGAAAAAGAAACAAAAUCACCCAGUGAUGUAAACAUUUCUACCCAACCAGCUCUUUCAAAUUUUAUAAGCAAGUUAGAACCUGAAGUUUUUAACAGUUUGGUUAAAAUCAUGAAAGAUGUCCAGAAAAAUACUGUGAAAUUUUAUAUUCAUGAAGAAGAAGAGAGUGUGCUCUGUAAAGAAAUAAAGGAAUAUCUUAUCAAAUUAGGCAAUACAGAAUGUCAUCCAGAACAGUUUUUGGAAAGAAGAUCAAAAUUAGAUAAACUAUUAAUUAUUAUUCAAAAUGAAGACAUUGCAGGUUUCAUUCACAAGGUACCUGGCUUGGUGACUUUAAAGAAGCUCUCUUGUGUUAGUUUUGCUGGUGUUGAUAGUCUGGAUGAUGUUAAAAAUCAUACAUACAAUGAAUUAUUUGUAUCUGGAGGUUUUAUUGUGUCUGAUGAAUCCAUUCUAAAUCCAGAAGUUGUCACAAUUGAGAACCUUAAAAAAUUUUUGACAUUCCUCGAAGAACUUAGUACUCCAGAAGGAAAAUGGCAAUGGAAAGUCCACUGUAAAUUUCAGAAAAAGCUAAAGGAACUGGGCAGAUUGAAUGCUAAAGCUCUAAGUCUGUUGACUCUUCUGAAUGUCUAUCAGAAGAAACAUCUCGUUGAGAUUUUGUCAUACCACAAUUGUGAUUCACAAACUCGAAAUGCUCCAGAAUUGGAUUGCCUUAUCAGACUUCAGGCUCAGAACAUACAGCAACGACACAUAGUCUUUUUAACAGAAAAGAAUAUCAAGAUGUUUUCCAGUUAUACUGAUAAUGGAAUAGUUGUUGCAACUGCUGAAGACUUUAUGCAAAACUUUAAAAAUCUUGUGGGCUAUCACAACUCAAUCACAGAAGAAAACCUCCCACUGCUUGGUGCUAAUGAGAAUCUUGAGUCACAGUCAGAUGCUGUUUUGACAUUAACCCCUUUGGAGCUGGGAGUUGGGAUUUCCCAACAUUAAACGUGAACACAUUUCGCAGAAGCUUUUAGCAUCGGAUUAUCUGGACAUUCACACCUAGUGUGAGUGUUGUGACUAAGUGAACUUGUGGCAGAAGACCAAGCUUUAAGGGAUUGUGGACUUGCAGACCCUGACGCAUUAUAUUGUGUGAGUAGUGUAUAAUUUUAAAACUUAAACAAAUUGUGUAUUUCAAUAGAGGAGGACUUUUUGUUUUUUAAAUGUAGCUCUUUUAGAAAACGAUGAAAAGGAUGAAGAGGAUAUGUCUCUGGAUUCAGGGGAUGAAAUCUCACAAAUAGAAGUAUACAGCAAUUUUCAUUCAGAAAUAUUGGCGAAAGAGACCAAAGGAUCACGUGGAACAGAUCAAACAGAGAAUAUUCAAAUUGAGUUGCAAUCGUCUCUUGACGUGCAAAAAAGUUUAUUAGAAGAUAAGACUUAUCAAAUUGAUUCUGAAGACAGAGCUAUUGAUGUGUGCUCUGAAGGACAGAAAAACAAUUCAGCUGAACAGGAGUCAUAUAGCAGCUUUCAGGAUUACCACAGUCGAUUAAAUAUGUCCCAUCAGUUUAGUCAUUUUAAUGUUCUCACGCAUCAGACAUUUUUGAGGACACCAUAUGCCCUUUCAUCAAGUCAGUCUCAAAGUGAAAAUUACUUUUUAUCUGCUUAUAUGCAAAGCUUGGAUAGAGAUAAAUCUCUAUUAAGUUGGGGGAAAAAUGAUUCUUCCAGGCCAUAUUCAAAAGAUAAUUAUAGUAACUUUUUUUAAAAAAUAGGAAUUUCUGUGUUUCUUAAAAGUGAAUUAACAAUUUAUAUUUCAUUCUCUCAGCAAAAGAUUUCUUGUCCUUUCUCAAAUGUUUUUUUCCCUUUUAUUUAAAUCAUGAUGGCCUGUAACAGUUGAAGCAUAUGAAAAUUGAAAUAAAUAUAUUUUUAACAUAUAUUGUACUUGAAUUAUCUCAUGUUGGCACUUUUAAGUUUUACAUUGGUAUAUCACCUGUACUCGGCUUCAAAUUGAAGUCUUUUAUAUAUAAAACUAGAUGUUUGCAAAAGGAUAGUAAACAGCAGUGGCUUUACUUUUUUCUUCCUCUAAUGUCAGAUGAUACCAACGACUUUUGCUGAAAUACUAUUGUUAUUUAUUUUAAGCUUUUGUAUAGUGUUUUUACACAGGUAUAAGCCAGUGAUGUUAAUAAAUAUUUACAGGAUUUUGGCUCAGUACCUCAGGAUUUAUCUAACAAUGCGUUUUCAUUUAGAUAACAAACUAUGUACAUAGGACUUAGGCCUUUAUACCAGGCAGCAUUAUUUUUUAUCUUUAGGGUUAGCUAUGUAAAAAUUGCCUAUUGCUAAAAACUUAGUCAACCUUUUAUUUGAGAGUACUUUAUAAUUAUGAUUUUCAGUGCUUGUGUAGCCCAUGACUUACCCAAAUUCAAUUUCAUAUUUCAAAAGAUAGGUUUAUUAAAGGCAUUGGACAAUUUGGAACAAACUCUUUGAUAUAGAUUUUUAAAUUGGUAGUCUUAGAAAAGAAGUAUAUUUUUGAGGUGGUAAGCACUUAACAAUAACUUUAAAUUCACAGAUAAAUUAUCUAGUGCAGAUAAAUUUUAAACCCACAUCUAUUGCCAAUAACUGCCUCUCUAUUAUUACUAAUGCAAACUUGUAAAUGUUUUUGAAAAAACUGCAAUUCUUACAAAAGUCAUAACUGGAUUUUGAGAAAAGAAAUUACCAUGUAAGCCUAAACUGAAUCUGGGUUUGGUAAAAGUUGAGCUGUAUUAAAUAAGAUUUUCCUUUGGCAACUCACAGCUUGGAAGAGUUCUUCUACCCUUUUUUUAUAGAGCAAAAUACAUAAGGUGGUAUUUCAGUUAAUAAGCUACAUAUAAAAUGUGUGGAAAAAAGUUAUCUGUUAAUAGGUCAGAAACUCCAGACUGUGUUAAGGUAAGUAGAAAGUGUUUUUAUAGGACUUAAAUUACCCAGAUUGUGACAGCAGGAAAAAAAAUUUUGUUUACUACUAAAUUUUUACAAAAAUGUCUGUUUUAUUGUUAAAAUAUAUCUAUAUCUAUCUACACACAGCAUUUUAUUACAUAAUGUACAAGUUAUAAAUAAGCAUUUAAAAAUAAAUCUAGGCUAUUUGAAAAAUACAGUGAAGCAACAAGGACAUUUUAUAAUCUGGGAGACAAAUGUAAAGGAUUUGAUUUUUCCAUAUUUAAAACGAAGAACUAAAAUUCUCUUCUUGAUUGGCAGCUAAAGGCAUAAGAUUCGUUUCCAACUCCCUCUGCUUCUGGAGAAGGCCCUGAAAUUACAUUGAUACGUUAGUAAGGUGUGUGGCAGACUUGCAAAUUACUCCAAUUUAAAUUUUUAUCCUGUUAAUCCAGAAUUGUAUGUACUUUGAAAACAUGUAUUAAGCUCAGAUAUUUGGCUACAGUUUAAGCUUUCUCUUUGUCAUGUUAAAUUUUAAUCACACAAAAAAUGCUUCAGUAAUUCUCACACUAGACUUUCUCACUUGGACACUGUAUAGCUUACAUAUUUGUAAGGUUAUAUUUUUAGCAUUAAAAUCAAUAGGGAUAACUUUUCUUAAAACGAAGUCUCCAUAAUUAUGGGGCUGAGGGUCCCCUCUCCCGUCCCCCAAAUGUUCUAACGUUUAUCUUGCCUGAACUAACCUUAGGGGCUUAUACAAGGCUCUGCUGAAAUAAGAUGUGGGCAAAUGUGUAUAUCAUACUCCUUCCUCUUGACCUUGUCUCCAGUAAGCUAAAAGUUUUAAGUACAAUCUUUAGUGUGAGAGAGUUACCUAACUCAAUCUAUAUGUAACCAAAUGUAGCAUUUAAAAAAAAUUAAGGACACUUUUCUUCCUAAUCCUGUGUUAGGUGAUUUUCUAGCUCUACAGAAUCAACAAUUUGAAAUACAAGAGGCACUGGUAAAUGACUACACAUAGAAAAAGACACUCUUAAAAUUGCAGUGUAUUUUUCCUAAAAACAAAAAGUAUACUGUGAAUGAAAACGAAAUGUAGACCCAGUUUUGCAAGCCACUAUUUUUUUUUUUUAAGCCCAGGGGUAGGUUAUUUUAAAGCCAACUGAUGGCAAAAAGUUAUAGCCUUAAAUAUUGGAUGUAUUACCUGAUUUUAUUUUUAUUUGACCAAGGUGAGAAGCCACAAUAAUUGGCCUGGGAUAAAAAGUAGUCUGGUGAGUAAGGUUAUAUGUAUAAUUUCACACUGAAUUAUAUUAUUCUUUGGGACUUGAGUCAAUGUUCUGAACACUGCCAGCACAUUUAAAAACAGGAAUUGCAUUACUAAGAAUUUAUUAAAGCAUAAUUGUAUAUUUACUUUUUGCUUUUGGUUAGGGCCUUAUUGAUGUUUUACUGUUCAAAUGUAUUUUUCAUUCAAUAAAAUUGUCUUAAUAUUUGAACUCUCA